GAGGCAACGUGCGGAGGACUGAAAAAACAGCACACUCACGUUUUCUGUGGAUUACAAGGGAACUGGAAAAGCCAUGCAGCACUCCCUGGUUUUCACAGAAAGCCCCAACUAUGCUCUAAUGAAGACAGGCAGCGUUUUGAGACAGGGAACCCUGAACGUAAUUAAAUUGGUUAUCUUUGACGGCAAGGCCCAAGUUGUGCAGAGGCAGUUUACUCGGCCAUCACACAAAAUGCCACAGUUCCAUCUUUGCUGUUGCAGUAUCGAACACAGUGAGAGAAGUCACCGUUCGUACCUGUCAGACAAAACAAACAGCUGUCUCUCGUCGGGAUGUGGCACGAGGGUGGGUGUGUCUCACAAGUAAUACGCGAGCAGGGGGGGAUCUGCUGCACGCGGCCCCGCCCCUUUUCCUUUCCGCGAGGCGUGACGUCACGUGAACUGCCCGUGUCCGUUCCAGCUGAGCGGGUGAGCGCGAGGGAACGGUCGGACGUGGACGUCGCGCGGCACAGACACAGACCCGAAGCCCGUGCGCCCGUGACUGGAUCCACCGGAUGCACAAAAGUACAGACAGAGAAAGAGGAAACGACCCCUCCUCCUCCUCCUCCUCCCGCUCCUCCGCCUCCGCCUCCUCCCGACGGACACCAGAACCCGACAGCAGACAGGAGAGAAACACCAAUUCAACUUGUCAUCUGACCAACUCAGCCACUGUUUUCGUCGUCGUGCGUGUGUGUUGUCUGUACACACUGUGCCACCGCGGUCGUUUUGUUUUGACGGAGGUUUACCUUGCAACUAUUUUUGGGGUCUUGUUUUUUUGAGCUGCGGACGAAUCACUUGCGAGAUUACAAGUUUUUAAUUGUAACAUUAUAAUUUUUGCCCCCCCCCCGUCCGAGCAAGUCUGCGUCUGUCAUUGUCAUUUUUCACGCCUUUGCAAUUUUUCAUCAUUUUUAUGGACAGUAUUCCUCCUCGGAUGGUCUGACUGUCCCUCCCACACUGUUUCUCUGAGAAUAACAGCCUGAUCUGCUGCACAUUUAUAACAACAUACGGCUACAAUGGAAUACUCUGAUGAAAAUAUUUCUGCAAGGACAUAAGGAACUCUUCCCCACAACAAGAGAAAAGUCCUCUAGCAUACUUGUCCUAUUGGUUGGUGCUCCACUCAGAUACCCUCGCCCCUUCAAGUGCCCCAGGUGUCUUUCUGCGCCCCCGUCUGGUCAAGGAUGUCCAGGCAGCUCUCACAGCUUCCGACCCCCGACCUCCCAGCCGGUGCAAGCCCACAGUUUGGAAGUUGUACUCAGCCUGCAGGUUCCCUCACAGGGGGGCAUCUCAACCCCAUGGCAGGUCUGAAGUCCCUCCUACAGCAUCCCAUGAAGGGAGACCAGCGUUUGAAAACCCCAUGCGAUACAAAAGACAAAGACAGACUGGACCUUGAUGAGGACUCCUCAGGAGUGUGCCCCAUGAGGAAUGGCAGUGGAAAUGGCAGCAGUAACAAUAGUAAUGGCGGUGGAGGAGGUGGUGGUGGUGGUGGUGGAAAUGGAGGAGGAAGUUUCAACCAGUUCCUGGGGCCUCUCCUGUGGGAUCGCACCCUGCCGGCAGAUGGGGGCCUCUUCCAGCUUCAGUACAUGGACUUGGAGGAGUUUCUCACCGAAAAUGGAAUGGGCAGCAUGCAUAACAACAACAGCUCCAGUUCAGCCCAGAUCCCCUCACAGAGCUCCCCAUCAGCUGUGCCCAGCCAGAGCUCCCAGUGCCUACCGCCCUCAUCCCCACCCGGCUCUUCGUCCUCAUCGCUGUCUUCUUCCCCAUCGCUCAUUGGUUUGGAGGUGGCUCAGCCGCAGAGCCUUGGAGGGGGAAACGACUGUUUGCAUGGGAGUCAAACGAGUAUGAACGAGUCCUGUGAGUCACCCUCGUCCUCCUCCUCCUCAUCCUCCUGUCCACCUCUGCUGACGCCCACGGACAACGAGCCAGAUGGUAUUGGAAUGUUUGACAUGGAUUCUUCGGACAUGGCUAUGUCCAGCAGCUCGAGCCAGCAGAACUAUGACCCCAGGAGGCACUCCUUCAGUGAAGAGGAGCUCAAGCCACAGCCGAUGAUCAAGAAGGCCCGCAAGAUCCUGGUGCCAGAUGCCAUGAAGGUGAGCGAACACUUGAAGUGUCAGGACGAGAAGUACUGGACAAGGAGAUAUAAAAACAAUGAAGCAGCAAAGCGUUCCCGAGAUGCUCGCCGUCUCAAGGAGAACCAGAUAUCCGUGCGUGCUGCCUACCUGGAGAGGGAGAACGCCGCACUCCGACAAGAAGUGGCCGAGAUGCGGAAGGAACUGGGUCGCUGUCGCAACAUCCUUAGUAAAUACGAGAAUCGUCUUGCUGAUCAGUGAUGAAGGCAUGGAGCAGAAUGAGGAAGAGGAGGAAUAUAAGCUGGAUUCAAUUUAAGACUGAAUAUUCGCGGUGGCAUGACGGACAGAAUGGGGUCAGCACAUGAUGAUGAGGAGGAAGAGGAGGAGGAUGAUGAUGAUUAUGAUGAUGAAUGUAAAAGACAAGGAGAAGGGUUGUGUAUUGAAGCUCAGGUGUCUUGUUAAGGUGUCCGCUCUUAAAAGUCAUGGAUGGAGAGAAUAAUUUAACAGAUGAAAGAUGUGACUUUUAAGGGUUUUGUUAUUGGAGAAUUGUAUAUUUUUAUAAUACUUACGAAAAAUUAGCGGGAGAGCAAAUUUGGAGAAUAAUUUUGUAUAUUUUCUACAUGACUGGGAUAUAGAGAUGGGGAAAGCGAUGGUAAAUAUCUUUUUAUUGUAGACGAGUCAGGAGCUGUUUCACUGGUGUCCAGCCACCGAUGGUUAUUUUUCAACUCGAUUCUUCUAGUCAGGAUGCAGCAGCAGUGGCACGGACGCGUGUAAUAAUUGUAAUAUAGAGAGCAAAAUUAUCUCAAAAUCCAACAUUUUUGUGGAUUUUACUCAAGCGCUUACAUUUUUUUGUUUCCUGUCAUGUUUCUGUCACUGGGAAUGGGCAUGCUACAGAGGGAGAGAGGCGGAAUGAGAGACACGAGGAGGAACCAUGUAAACAGUCCAGCUCUUUCCUCAACACCUGCUAGUCCAGUCAUGUUUCCUUUUUGUUAACUACUUCACCCUUUUGAAUUGACUUCAGUCCCCUAACUAGAUUACGUCCUCGUACCUUGGGCUUAUGUAAGAGAUUGGUACAUCUGUCCAUUCUUGUAUCUUUUUUCCCCCUCUAUCCCCGUGGAGUGCUUUUAAUCUACUCUGGUGUUUUGGUCCACCUGUAAUGAUGCCCGGGGUAACUCUGCUCCUCUUGCUCGAUUGUCGGCCCAUUCCUCUUCGUCUGUAUCACGACCCAGAUGCUCUCUUUCUGUCUGCAAUCCCUUACGUUUGCAAGUUAUGUGCAAACGCCUCCCACAACAUUUUGUCCCCGUGUCUCUCUUGUACCUCGACAGUACACGGAGAGAGUUCAAUCUCAAGUGUUGUAAUGUUUUCUGAAAUAGUUAUCAACCUUCCCAGUAAAACGCACAUCGUUACUUUACUGUACUUUAUGAACACACUAUAAUAAGCAUUAUUACGGGGGAGGGGCGGGGGGAAAUCAUGUGUUUAUUGGAUAGGCAUAUACUAUUUUGUGUAUUUGAUGUAUUCCAGGAGAUGGGUCGAGUUCCCCCAUUGAGUGGAAUGGUGUUAAUUUCUCAGAUUUCUGGGAGAAAUAAAAGCCAAAAUUUAUUAUGUUGAUCCACAAAGCUUGUUGUUAUGUAGUGCUUUUUUUCAAUACUGCUCCUUCCUCACUGUUUACUCCUAUUAUUACUCCUUACUUUAUACUGUAUCUAUAAACUUCUCUGUGUACCCACAUCACCCACACAGGGGCAUGGUACACUAUGUUAUGUUCGUGGGGGAGGGAUGACUAGUGAUAGUGUGAUUUUAAUCCCCUCAUUGACCAUGAUGAAUAGGUACCAUUACUGCUAUUAUUAUUGUUAUGAUUAUGAUGAUUAUCCCUCUUAUUAUUGCUGUUCUAUAUUACUGAAUUAUUUUCUUUCGUUGGAUGAACAUGAUCUGUUGCACCUUGAAGCAUUUUUGAUAUUCAUUGUUCCUCAGAAAGACGAUUCAAAUGGAAAAAGAAAACCCCUCACUCUGCAAUUUUCAUCCAGUCUCAGACCUCCAGACAUUCAAUAUUAGUCAUUUCUGCUACGGACACGAUACUGCCACCUCGGUUUCUGUGACCAUGGAUUUCACAAACGUGACUCAGUAACAUUGAACAUGAUGCUCAUGCAGACUCACUUUACCUUUGACGAUGACCUCUCCAGUUCCCCCGCAGUGUAUGGACUAUGCACACUGUCAUUAUGCUCCUUUGUUGGUUUAUUUCAGCCUUUAUCGCCUCAAUCCGUGAUUGUUUGCUCUCCCAACAGGAUUUAGUCUCUAAUAUCCUCACAGAUGUGGUUGAUGAAUCUUAUAGUGACUCUAAUUGAACUACAACUGCCCUGCUGCAUCAGUGGUGUCCAUGGUGCCCAGCCCCCUCAGUGCUGGUUAUUUGGUAGUUUGAGAUUUUCCCAAAAACACCAAUAAAAGAUUGUUCUCAUUCA